GCGGGGGGGGCGGUGCUGGCCGCCGGUAGGCCGAGGGCCUGAGGUGCGGGCGGGGGAGGCCGCGCAGCGCCCCGCCGGCUGCAGGUUGCACUUGGAUUACAACAACAUAUGGCUGGCAAAUAGAACAUCACUGCUUUUCUGGAAGAUGUAGUUUCACCAGGACUUCCCAUCUGAGUUGCUGCAAGGCCUGAAAAUUUGACUGGAAAUAACACCAGGGUGGGGGCUACAACACUGUGUGGCUUUCUAGAAGAUGACUGUAGAAGAUCUCCCAGAACGUUCCUUAGAAGGAGAUUCUCUCACUGAAAGACGUUUUUUAUUCCCAAACUCUGAAACAUCUGUUACCUUUUCUGUUGCUGCUGCACCAAUGCCUUCAGACUGUGAGUUUUCUUUCUUUGAUCCCAAUGAUGCAGCAUGUCAAGAAAUACUUUUCAACCCCAAAACAUCAAUUUCUGAAUUGUUCGCUAUCUUAAGACAGUGGGUUCCACAGGUCCAGCAGAAUAUUGAUGUUAUUGGGAAUGAGAUCAUUAAAAGAGGUUGCAAUGUGAAUGACAGAGAUGGACUGACUGAUAUGACUCUUUUGCAUUACACUUGUAAAUCGGGGGCUCAUGGUAUUGGUGAUGUUGAAACUGCUGUAAAAUUUGCAACACAGCUUAUUGAUCUGGGUGCUGAUAGCAGUUUACGCAGCCGCUGGACAAAUAUGAAUGCCUUGCAUUAUGCUGCUUACUUUGAUGUUCCAGAACUUAUUAGUGUUAUUUUGAAAAACGCAAAGCCAAAAGAUGUAGAUGCUACCUGCAGUGAUUUUGAUUUUGGAACAGCUUUACAUAUUGCUGCAUUUAACCUAUGUACAGGAGCCGUCAAGUGUUUACUGGAACAUGGAGCAAAUCCUGCCUUUAGGAAUGACAAAGGGCAGAUCCCAGUGGAUGUGGUUCCUGAUCCAGUAGAUAUGCCACUGGAAAUGGCAGAUGCAGCAGCCAGUGCAAAAGAAAUCAAGCAGAUAUUGCUGGAUGCAGUGUCUCUGUCAUGUGAUGUCUCAAAAGCUGUGAUUCCAAACCAUAAUCAUGUCACAGGCAAGGCCAUGCUCUUAUCGCUUGGCCUGAAGCUGGGAGAUCGUGUCGUUAUUGCAGGACAGAAGGUUGGUACGUUAAGAUUUUGUGGUACAACGGAAUUUGCAAGUGGCCAGUGGGCUGGCAUAGAACUGGAUGAAGCAGAAGGAAAGAACAAUGGAAGUAUUGGAAAAGUCCAGUACUUCAAGUGUGCACCGAAAUGCGGUAUCUUUGCACCUCUUUCUAAAAUAAGCAAGUCUUACGAUCACAAGAAACCCUUUGUACGAAGUACUUCUAUGCGAUCUUCGCCUUUGGUCAAAUCCAAGAAAAUAGAUAUAACGCAUGUAACUUCCAAAGUGAAUUCUGGCCUAAAUAUGUCAAAAAAACCCAGUGCUUCUGAAACCAACUUAAUGACUGUUAACAGGGGAAAAAUGCUACCUGCAAAAGAAGGUUUUCCUGGAUACAGCAGCUCUUCCUCUUCUACUACCUCCUUAGAAGGCAAGCAGAAUAAGAAGCGGAACUCAACUAGCAGCAAUAAAAAGCCACUUACUAGAGCAUCUUCUGCCUCAUCUAAAAUUAGUGCUGGGCUGUACAGUUCCUCUUCAGCUGCGAGGAAAUUUCCUUUCAAUGAGGGAGAAAUUCAAGUUGGAGACAGAGUACUGGUGGUAGGACAGAGAACAGGCACUGUUAGAUUUUGUGGGACGACAAAAUUUGCACCAGGAUUCUGGUGUGGAAUUGAAUUGGACAAGCCUCAUGGUAAGAAUGAUGGUUCAGUAGGAGGUGUUCAGUACUUCAGUUGUCUUCCUAGAUACGGUAUAUUUGCACCACCAUCUCGUGUUCAGAGAUUAACAGGUUCGCUGGAUUCUCUUGCAGAGACUUCAUCAAGUAAAAUAAAUCACAGUUUUCCAGGUUUUAGACGCAGCUUAAGCACAACUUCUGCAUCUUCACAAAAAGAGAUAAACAGAAGAAACUCCUUUCUUAGGUCUAAGAGCUCUAUCUCACGGCACAGCUGGAGUAAUACCAGUGCAACUAACGCUGAGGGACUGGUGAAGCUGCACGAAGGCUCGCAGGUUCUUCUGACCAGCUCCAAUGAAAUGGGUACAAUCAGGUAUAUUGGUCCUACAGACUUUGCACCGGGGAUAUGGCUCGGACUUGAACUCCGAAGUGCAAAGGGAAAGAAUGAUGGCUCUGUAGGGGAAACGCGUUAUUUCACCUGUAAGCUGAACCAUGGGGUCUUAGUUCGACCUAGCAGAGUAACCUAUCGUGGGAUUAAUGGGGCAAAACUUGUAGAUGAUAUUUGCUGAGCCAAAAUAUGCUACAAAGUAGGAAAUUAAAGCACACAAAAACCUCAUCUAGAUUUCCACCUUAUUUUUUAAACAAUUAAACCUGUAUUUGUAUUUUACAUAUAUAUAAUAUAUAUGUGUGUAUAAAGAUAUAUAUAUUGUGUGUGUAUGUGUAUAUAUAUGCAUAUAUACACAUAUUUAGAAGUAAACACACUAUUCUGUUUCUCUUAAUGAAACAGCUCUUACCUGGGAAGGUUACUCCAAAAGCUUUUGGGUUUGAGAUGCUGUAUUAUUUGAAUCAUGCUCCAGUGGGAGAAUGCUAGUAUAUCCAGUGUUCUCUAAAGUUGCUUUGUGAUUCAUAAAGUACUUAAACGAUUUUCUUCCAUGUAGUAAUGAACUGACAAUGCUUCAUGCAUCGCUUGCUUUUGAUAGAGGAGGUGGUUAAUGAGUGACAUUAGUGUGUUUCCUAGACACUUUGACAAUUUCAAUACCAGCUGCUAGCAAUAAUAAAAAAGCAAAAAAGACUUUUUUUCAAGCACUUGUGAAGUAUUUCUAUAUUUUAUCAUCAGAUCCAUCCUCUUUACCCCCUGGCAUUAUCCCCUCCUGAAUAUAGAAGGGCUGAUAAAUGCAAGUAUUUGUGGCUAUCCUAGUGAAUGAAUUAAGUAAAAAGCCUUUAAAAACACACAGACACUGCAUGUAGUUGUUAAAUGCACUUUUUGUUGUAUGCAUUUGUUGAAAGAGCUUCUUAUAAGAAGCACUCUUUAAAAUAAUGCACUUUACACUCUCUUGGAGAGCUUUCCCUCAUUUUUAAAGGUAUUUUUUUGUUGUUUGGUUGGUGUGCUGCAGGCUAUGAGUAUCACAAUUUUUAAGUGCAAAUGAACCCAGAGUGGAACUAUACAUAAUAGAUGCAGCAUAAAUAUUAAGUCUGUAUAAAUACAGCAUAGUAAUUCCUGCCAGUGGUGUGGGUUAUACGCAGGGUUUUCAAGCAAGCUAUUAACUAGCUAUUUGUUUGUUACUGAUGUUUGUUUUUGUUUUGUUUGGAACAGUUUCCAGUAUAAGUUUAUUGUAAGAGUCUUAUGCUAAAUUAAGGCUAAUUUUAGGUAUAGCACUGUAACACAAUGUGAGGUGACAUUUGCAUAUCAGCUUUUUUAAAAAAUAGAUAGUAUUUUGCCCAUGUUUUAAACAUGUAAUGUAUUUUAAUUGCUCACUAUCUUAUUGGAUAUUAUUGGGGUGGUUUUGUAUUCCAGAACGGUCAUUUUAUUCUUAAAUGAUCUGCCUGCUUUUAUCUCCUUGAAAGAAGUGACACUAUAAUUACAUCUUAAUAUACUAUUUUUAGACAGAAUUCUGCUGCUAUUAUGUUAUUUUAACAAUUAAUGUAGCUAUUUUUCCUUGGCUGUAUUUAAAAUACUGCAUAUUGUAUUCUAGCUUAUGGACAUUUAAAUUGAAUAUAAAAGCUGUAAAUUUUUAAUGUAAAAAAUUAAUGCUUUGUAUUUGAAGAUGUACUGAACGCAGUGAUCUACUGAACAUUAUUUUGUCCAAUAUCUGUUUCUUGCUGGUAUUAUUAAAAUGAAACCCUGGUGGGUAGUAUAGUAUGGUAAAGAGAAAUUUCAUUAGGUCCUUAUAGAAUGUACAUCUUUUCUCUCACUUCUGUUCUUAUGUACAAAUUUUGUAAACAGGAUAUUGUAGUGUGCUUCGCAGUGCACAGGAGAGGUCCCUUUUCAGUUAAGAGAGGAAGGAACCCGAAGUGUGUGUGGGGAAAUGGAGAAGAGACGUGUGUGCCUAAAACCUGCUCAGGAGUUUUGUUAACUAAACCAAGGUAAUAUCCUGCUAGGGAAUAAUAAGCACGUGGAUAAACAAGUGAAGGAGAAUAAAUAACUCUAUAAAUGUUCGUUCUAA